CUUCUCCGUAUCUGGCCAAUGUGAGCGCGCAGAGACCGUAUAUCCUGGGGCGGGGCUAGAGGACGGACCAAUGACGGGAGGGCGACGCCGCCAUCAGGGCAGGCUGUAGCGUGGCUGGAAGUUACUGUGCGGCGGCGGCGGCUAAGAAGGCGGCUGUGGUGGCGGCGGUGGCGGCUGAGGCAGUAGCUGAGGCGGCGACAGAGGAAGCAGAAGAUGGCAGAUUUUUUGAAAGGACUGCCAGUCUACAACAAAAGCAAUUUUAGUCGAUUUCAUGCUGACUCUGUGUGUAAAGCCUCGAAUCGACGCCCCUCAGUCUACCUGCCCACACGCGAGUACCCAUCUGAACAGAUCAUCGUGACAGAAAAAACAAACAUCCUUUUGCGCUACCUACAUCAGCAAUGGGACAAAAAGAACGCUGCCAAGAAGAGAGACCAGGAGCAAGUGGACCUCGAGGGCGAGAGCUCAGCGCCUCCCCGCAAGGUCGCACGGACCGACAGCCCAGACAUGCACGAGGACACUUAAGACUGAUGCUCCCCCAUAGGUGCCUCCUGUCUUGUCUGCUCCUCACCCGCCUGCCGUGUGUAAGCAUCCUGCCCACCCUCCCCACUGGUUCGCCUACCCACACCCCGCCAUGCACACCACUUUCAACCUCAUAGGAGCCGAUGUAUUUAUUUUCCUUGAGUCUUUAUUUAUGCUGUAAAAUGUACCGAGCGAUGGUUAAAGGGGAUGUCAGACCCAGUAGUGUGAUGUUGGUAGAUGCUUCUUGAAAAACAACAUUGUUAUUCAUUACUCCACCCCACCCCAAAUCCCCUCCUCCUGCUCCCCAGUCCUUCUCUGGAGAACCAGAGUGUGUCUUCGAGUGUCUAGAGAUAAGCCCUGCUGCAGCUGGGUGACAGGGGUGGGGCCCUUCUUCCCGCUUCCAUCCCCUGGUCCGGCCUUAAAGACUUGGCCUUGACGCCCGGUCCACCGGGAUCUAUGCCGUGCCGGACCCUGCUCUGAGAGUACGCCACAGGAAGAAGUCAACCCUUUCGGAUCAUUCUCUUAAGUCAUUUUAUCAUGGACUGGUGCGUGCUCAGUGUCCACCCCAAUAAAAGGAUCUUUCCUA